AUGGUUGAACACUUCGAUGUGCAAUCAACUUCCCGCAUCCCCGCUUCCCCUGGUGGCGAUCUAGGGCCGAAGCGAGAGGAUGAGGAGGGAGGGGAGUGGCCGGUGAGAGAGGCCAUCGGCAGCAUGAUGUGGGUGUCGAAUUUUUCGCGUCCAGACGUCUCGUCCGCCGUGUGUACGGUGGCGCGCCACGCCCACGCCCCGGCGAAGCGGCACUGGGAUGCCAUCCAGAAGAUCCUCGGCUACCUGAAAGGGACGAGGGACCUCGGCAUCACCUACCAACGGGGAUCGGGGGUUGCGACGACGGUCGGAGGUACCGUAGUCAGCCAUGGUAGCAAGACGCAGAGCAUCGUGUCUUUGUCUUCGACGGAAGCCGAGUACAUUGCUACCGGGGAGGGCGUCAAGGGGGCGUUGUUUGUGCGUGCUGUGCUUUCGUUUAUUGCCCCAGAGACCAGUGGUAGCAGCAUCCAGGUCCUUGAGGACAACCAGGGGGCCAUAGCGUUGGUGCAGAACCCUCUCAGCUCAGGUCGCACGAAACACAUCGACGUGCGGUUUCAUUUCAUCCGCGGACUGUUCAGGUCGGGGAAUAUUUCGGUCAAUUUUGUUCCGACAACGGAGCAACACGCGGACGUCCUCACCAAGGCCCUUAGCAGGGCCAGUCUGCAGUAUCACCGGCGCAAGCUGAUGAAUUUGCCGGAGUAGAUGNNCCGACAACGGAGCAAC